AUGGGAGCUACAGAACCCAACAGCAGCAUCACCGAGGGUGAGGAUGAGGCGUUCCUCGUGUCCUGGGACGGCCCCGAAGAUCCCCAACACCCUCGCAACUGGUCAGCCCUGAAAAAAUGGCGAAACGUGCUGCUCAUCAGCAUCCAAGCGACCUUAUCGCCCAUGGCCUCCGUUAUCCUCGCCGUGUCCGCCCAAGCCGUCGCUGACGACUUCGGCCUGACAGACACCUACACACCCACCCUACCGACCGCCCUCUUCGUCUUAGGCUUCGGCCUUGGCCCGCUCUACCUGGCGCCGCUCUCUGAGCUGUACGGCCGUCGCGUCAUUUACCUGGCCUGCUUCGGCAUGUUCACCAUCUUCAACAUCUGCUGCGCCGUGUCGCCCAAUAUCGCCGCCCUAACCGUGUUCCGCCUGUUCGCGGGGAUGGCAGGCUCGGCUGGGCCGAGUAUCGGUGGUGGGACAAUUGGCGAUAUGUUCAGCCCCGAAAAGCGCGGCCGCGCGCAGUCGUUUUACAGUUUUGGGCCGACUGGCGGAUCGGCGAUUGGUGGCGUUGUGGGUGGGUUUAUUCUCCGCGGGACCGGCAACUGGCGCUGGCUCGCGUGGAUCAUGGCCAUUGCGGCGGGUGUGACAAGCGUGGUGUCGAUUUUCUGUCUGCAUGAGACCUAUGCGCCGUUUCUGUUGCGCCAAAAGGCCGCUGGCUUGCGAAAGACCACGGGUGAUGAGCGCUACUGUAGCCAGUCUGAGAAGACCGCCACGGUCCCCCGUUCGACCUUUCAAGUGGUUCUGCGGACCAUGGCUCGUGCCUCCAAGAUGCUGUUUACCUCGCCCGUGUGUGCUGCGAUGAGCGUCUACAUGGCCAUCAUCUACGGCAUCCUGUACCUGCACAUGGUCACGCUCCCGCUUCUCUUCUCAUCCCAGUCUCUGUACGGCCUGCCCUCAUACCACUGGCCCGACGAGCUCACAGGGCUCUCCUACCUCGGAGCCGGGCUGGGCUCGGUCGCCGGCGCCCUCGUCAGCGCUGUGUUCCUGAACCGCUCCUUCGUGAGCAUGAAGACGCGGGCAAUCAGCAAGCACGGCGAGACCAUCGCCGCAGCGCGGAGCCCAGAGUAUCGCAUGCCCUUCAUGCAGAUCGGCGCCUGCGUGGUGCCCGCAGGCCUGCUCAUCUUUGCGCUGACGGCCCGUCCCGACGUGCAUUGGAUCGCGCCCUUGAUCGGCGCGGCCGUGUUCUCGACCGGCAUGUUGAUGACCUACAUCUGCGUGACAACGUACAUGGUGGAUUCGUUCGAGACAUAUGCGGCCAGUGCCUUGGCGGCCGUGACGGUGAGUCGCAGCGUCUUGGGCUGCAUCUUUGCCUUCAUUGGGAAUGGGCUGUACAAGAAGCUGGGCUAUGAAUGGGGGACGCUGCUCCUAACAUUUAUUUGCCUCGUCGUUACGCCCAUGCCGACCGUUUUUUAUUACUUUGGUCCGAGGUUGAGGAAGAUUGGCGGGUUCAGUGAUGGUCAUUAA